UGCAACUAGUUGAAUCACUAUAUAUAUAUAGACCAGUAGAUAAAACUUAAAAGCAUCUGCAGUAGGAUUUUGAGUUGAAAGAAAAAUGAUCAUGAGUGUUGUUUCAUUAAAUCUCUUUCCUAUAAUUUCCAGUAGACCAAGCCUAAGCAUAAACAGAGCUUCUACUCCAAAACUAUUGAGAAAGACGAGCAGUAGUACUAAUAUGUUCUUCUGUGUUGAUCAAAUCUCCAAAAACUUUUCCUCUGCUCCACAUUGGUCAGCAAAUAAUCGGAAAAAUGGUGGUAUGCCUGAAAAGAACUCGGUAUCGAUUACUAAGAGUCAGCUAAGUCCAAAAGUGCAUGAAGGGCUUGGAAUAGUCGAGUAUUUUAGUGGAAAGAAGCUUCUUGUUACUGGUGCAACUGGAUUUUUAGCAAAAGUUCUUGUAGAGAAGAUUCUGAGGACCAUGCCAGAGGUGGAUAAGAUAUUUCUGCUGAUUAAAGCCAAGGAUAAGGAGGCUGCAAUGGAAAGAUUAAUGAAUGAGAUUAUAAAUACAGAGCUCUUCAAGUGUUUAAGAGAGAAGCAUGGAGCGUUAUUUGAGAGUUUUAUUUCGAGCAAGCUGGUUCCUGUGGCUGGAAAUAUGUGUGAAAUGAAUAUAGGCAUUGAGGAAGAUGUUGCUAAUCUUGUAGCAGGAGAAGUGGAUGUGAUCAUCAAUUCUGCAGCCACUACAACAUUCGACGAAAGGUUCGAUGUUGCUCUAGAUAUUAACACAAAAGGAGCUGCGCGGAUCAUAAAUUUUGCUAAGAAGUGUGAAAAGCUCAAGUUAUAUGUGCAUGUGUCAACAGCUUAUGCUUCUAGACAAAUAGAAGGAAAGAUCAUUGAAGAAUCAUUCGGUAAGGGGCAUUAUGUAGCAAACAGUGCUGGUAUGAAUGAAACACUAUAUAAACAUGUCCAUGGCUUGGAUAUUGAAACUGAAAUAAAGCUUGCAUCAGAAAUGCUUGAAUCUUUUAAGGAAAAUGAAAUAGAUCAAAAUCUCAAGGAUUUGGGUAUGAGUAGGGCACGGAACUAUGGGUGGCAGAACACGUAUUCGUUUACCAAAGCAAUGGGCGAAAUGGUAGUCGAAGAUACAAAAGGAGAACUACCUGUGAUCAUAAUUCGGCCUAGUAUUAUUGAAAGCACCUUAAAAGAACCAAUUCCUGGUUGGAUAGAAGGUAACAGGAUGAUGGAUCCAAUUAUCCUCUUGUAUGGCAAAGGGAAGCUCCCUGGUUUCUUUGUAAAUCCCAAUAUGGCUCUAGAUGUGGUACCGGCUGACAUCGUUGUAAAUUCAAUAUUAGCCACCAUAGCAAAACAUGGUGGCAAAGAAAGUAAACUAGAAGACAGCAAUUCUAAUGAUCAUGUCUACCAAAUUACUUCAUCUGUUGCAAAUCCUUUGAUUAUGCGGGAUUUGGUGGACCUGGCCUAUCAGCAUUUCUGCAUUAGUCCCUGCUUUGAUCGCGAGGGAAAUCCAAUCCAAAUUUCAGCAUUCAAGCUCUUCACCUCUAUUGAAGAUUGGUUGUCCUGCAUGAAGAGCACUAACAGCAAUGAUGAGAUUUCUCCCAAACAGGAACUUAUCCGAAGAAAAUCAAUAGAACAUUUUAAGUACAUGGCUAAUCUAUACCAACCCUACACCACCUUCGAUGGAAGGUUUGAUAAUAACAAAGUCGAGAAACUAUUGGAGUGCUUGUCUGAAGAAGAGCGAAAGGAGUUUCAGUUCGAUGUAAGUUGCAUAGAUUGGAAACAUUACAUUACAAGGGUCCAUUUUCAUGGUGUAAGGAAGCAUGUUAUGAAGGAGACAGCCCUGAAGUAAUUUGUUCAGGACAAAACCUUCAAUGCCUUCACUCCACAUUAUGAUGCCUAGAUUCCUUACUAUAAUCAUCUCUAGAUAUUCUGGAUAGGAACUGGGAGACUGGCAUCAUUCCUUCGUUUUAAUUAUUAAUCUGAAUAAUGUAUUUUCUUGAGAGGACGAUUUCGUACAUGUAGUAUGACAUUUCUGAUUUGUU